AGUUAAAUCCUAUGACAAUUUAUGGUUUAAUGUCUUACCAUAUAUGGUGCCUUCAUGUAUGUUUGUGCAUUCACAUGACAUUAAUAUAGUUUAGGUAUCUCAUACAUCCAGUAUGUUGCCACAUCCCUUUCGAAAUCUUACUCCUAUUGUUUCUGGCUUAACUGAGAUUCCUGAGGUGGUGUUUUUUGCGGAUAAUCGCGUGGAAGUUGGCGUUGUUCUCACUCGCAUACAAGAGUCUGUAAAUCAGCUAAACGAAAUCAACAAUCUUUUGGAUGAUCUCAACAUAGCUAGACCUCUUCCUUCAGUGUUUUCAGCGCUGAAUUCUAUGCUUCCUACAGUUUUUGAACCAAAGAUUAAGUCUGCUGAGGAUGAUCGGAACGAUAACAGUCUAUCAAAUUUUGUUCUUAAUAACUCUAUACCUCUCUCUAAAAGCUAUCUUUCUGCAUCGCUUAACUUUGUACUCGGAAGGUAUGCCUUUCAGCAGCAACAGUUUACUCAGUCACAGAAGCUUUUUCAAAUCGCUUAUGAUGAAAUGCAAGAUCAAAAGGUAUUUUACAUUUAUGUAGUUAUUCGGUGAAUGACUUUAUCAUUUUAUUGACAGAUGGUCAAAAGCAAUAAUUAACUUGCACUACAUAGUUUAUAUUACAAAUGAUAAAUAACGGUCUUGUUAUUCACCAGAAAUGAAAACAAUUUUCUUUUUCUCAUCCCUUUAGAUUGUAGCUUUUAAAGAUUUUGAAUGUCAUCAUAUUUUAGAGAUAUUUCUUUUGCAUGAAUGAAUUGAGAGGCAUCGGUAAUAUAAUGGCUGUUGCAUUUGACAAAUUCAGCAUUCGAAAGUUUGACUAUGUAGGAAGGUUCUGACUUGAUUGGAGAUGUAAUCUCUCAGUAUUUUUGUGUAAUGAGGAAAUGGUCACUGUAAUUGGGCAAUGACAUCAUCAGUAUACGGUUGUGGAGGUCGUUGAGUUUUGUUGAGAUAACAGACCGGGUUAAGUUUAGCAACCAUUGGAAACUUGCAGAGCUGUUUCGUUCAGACGUGACGAGUGGAGUUCAGUUGUGUUGGAUGCGAGAAAGUUACCCACAUAAAACAAUGGAAAGUGGUCACGCAGUAUUGUGGAUUGAUUGAAGUUAGACUAGUACACUAUUGAGUCUCAACUCAGUGGUUCAGAAGUUAAGUGUCCGCGUGCGAGACCAUACGUCCUGGGUUCGAUUCCCGAUUGAAGAAUCGUGGAUGCACAUUGAUGAGGAGUCCCAUACUAGAUCAGAACAGCUAUCCGGUGCUUCCAGGUACUCAGUGUUUAUCUAACUUGGACCCUUUGUGAUCUCGUUGAAACUUAUCAGUUUAGGCAUCCGAUUUUGAACUAUAGUUUCAAACCGUAAGAUUGAAAGUAGUGAGAACAUACAGGGAAACCAAGUCAUAGGAUUAACUUAACAGUAUCUUUUAAAGCUUUGUGUAAAAACCUCUAGGAGUCAUUAGGCACCACGAAAUCGAAUAAUAAUAUGGUCGAACUGUGAUUCGGUUCUCGUAAUUUUUAAUCCACUGUAAUGCAUAGUGUUGUUUUGACAACUGACUCCAUGUUAUACCAUCUUUCCCAAAUUUCCAAUUAUUAACUUGUAUUCACUUAACUUUAUUUAACUGACCUUUAGUUUUCAUAUAUAAGUACAUUGACAAGUAUAUACACAUGACCAGGUUGUUCGAAGUGUAUUGUGCAAGCACAUCAAGUUUCACUUGUUUUCGUUGGGUCUGUUGUUCAGAAAAGGUUACUAAUCAACUAGUGAGUAGUCUCAGUUUGUGUUUAUGGUUAAUUGAGUGUUUGCAGUUAGUAGGUAGGAGAGUGAUUUGAUAUUUGGUCAAGUUCGAUGUUGUUAUAAGCUGAACUGAUCAUGAAUCGAUUACUUCUAACGGGUUUAACAGUUGAUAAUAUAAUUUAAAUAACUUUUCUUCUUUAAUUUAAGAACCAUAUCAACUCAGCUGACUCAGUCACACAAAUUGAGCUUGAGGGAUUUUUGUACAGGUUUUUCUUCACACUUUACAAGUCUGAUUUGCUGAAUGUACGCAAAUCACAUAUUGUAUUCGAUCUUAGUUUUAUUUUUGGUUUGGACGCAUAAACAGCACAAAUGGGUACCAAAGUAUGUAUGCUUCACACAGAGAAGUAAUUAUUCGAUUUGUGUGUAAUCUGGGACACUGUCUGGGUACCAAAACAGUCAGGUAGUCUCCUUAGGGGGCCAGUCCUCGAGCAUUUGACGUGGAGGUCUAAUCCACAAGGUGGUAGAGCGACGUUAGGAAAUGUGAUCCCAUGGUAGCCGGUGACCAACGAUAGGUCCAUACACCUUUUGCUUCCUCACUAUUCUGGAACACAUGUGCAAGAUUAGUUUGGAAUCAUGGUUUUCAAAUUGCACUCAGUGAAUCCUCCAUACUCACCAACCCGGUUAAAUCGCCAGACAUUUGCUUCUUGUUCUCGAUUUUGUAAGCAACACCCUUGUCAUGAGGCGGUGAGUAAAACUUCUAUGUUAGUGGCUGUAUACGCAUGUCCAUGUGGGAGAAUUUGGAGAGGGUGAGGGGACCCUUUUCAUUCUCUGUAGCAUCAGGGCAUUUGGUGACCAAUUCUAGUUUACUUUUAGUUUAUAGGCAUCAACAUCAAGGCUUAGCUUGAUAAUAUCAAACAAACUGAGCAUUUGAUAGAAUGUUCAUAAUAAAAUUAUAAUAUCUCAGUGAGUAGAAGUUUAAAUUCCUGACGUUUCACGACAUAGUUUAUAUUGCUUUUUCGGAGUUUAGAUAAAUCAUUAUUCACUUACUCUUUACAUAUCUCCAGAUAUCACAAAUAUAUCAAUGAUUUUGCGUAUACUUAUGACAAAAUAUUCGACUAACUGGUUAGUCAAUGGCUAUGUAUACAAUUUAUAUAAAACUAUUUACUUCUGUAAUGCAUCCUGUCUCAGAAGGAAGAAGGAGUUUUUAGUUGAGUAUUUUAUCCUGGUCUGGUGAAGACAGCAUACAUACAAAAGAGAAUGUUGAAGUUUUGAUAAUUGGGAUAUAUUCCACUAAUUUGGCACAAAGUCAGUAAAUAUGUAGUCAAUAAGUAUGUAGAAAUGAAUAAUGCGUUCCUAUUACCAGACUCCCGGAGUGCUCUAUCCAGCAUUCGAAUCUAUGACCUAAAGCCUAAAAGUCCAAUACUUUUGCAUAUGAACCACCAUUCUACGCUAGGCCAUGGGAUUUAUUGGAGAAGUUUAAAGGAAAUACUUUAGUAAAAGCAAUUCAAGAUGUAUGAAAAUGAGAUAGAACGGUUUGCAAAAGUGGAAAUUAUUUUCUACUGAAGUUUCGGAGAUCAUGCCUAUGUUACCUUAUUACCAAUUUUUUGCUUAAAAUGAGUAAAGUUAACGAAACUAGGUUUCUAUUGUUUUUUGUAAAGUAUGCAAUAGAACUGUUGUACUUUUAACCUGAUAGACACAACUGUGUCGUCAUACUUUAUAGAUUUACUUUCUACGUUUUUUAUUUUUGCUGAUUUAUUAAAGUUAUCAUCCAGUGUUUCGUCCUCAUGUUAUUGUAACCGACUUUUUUGAAAAUAUUUUCUAUCGUCUAAUUUACAGUUUGAAUAUUUAGAUGAAGCAGGAGCUACACCGAAAUUACUACAGGCUUAUUUAAGUGCUUGCAAAUCAUACACAUCUUCAGACUAUAUUUCAAACGAAUUUUCACUUUUCCAGUCUGACAAUCAAUUUUUAGAAACAUUUUGUCGUUUAUUAGAAGUAAAUACAUCCGAUUCUCAUCAUAAAGAUUCAAUCAAUAUAUUUUGGAUUCAACCAUCGGAUACAUCUUGUACAACAUCCGUCAAUAUGGAAUCUACUACCAUAGAAGAUCAUCUUUAUCAAGUUUUACUGAAUGUGGACCAAUUUUUCAUUGAUGAUUCAUCUAGUCCAUAUAUUCCAAUUAGUUUAGGAGUUCGUAAUAAAUUAGAAAGUUUGUGCUUAAAACAACUGCAUAAUUGUACUAGUUUACUUGAUGAUACAAACGAUACUGCAAGAAAUAUGCCUUCUACAAAACAAUCAAAGCAUACUAAGAAGUUAUUAUCAAAUGAUAAAAUGUCAAUUUUUAACGCAGUUCAUCAACUAUUCACUAAGGUACAUAUAUGUAAUACAGUUGACCAACUAAUGUCUGAAUCUAUAGAAUUGCCACUUUCAUUAUCAACUGAAUUGUUAAUGAAUAUUCCGGAGAGAAAUUCUGAAAGUUCAACAAAAAAUGAACACAGGUCAUCGUCUUCAUUGUCUUCAUCAUCAUCAUUUUCUCCUCCAUUUAUCGAUGUAAUAAUUGGACGAGAAUUUCUGUUUGAUUGUUUAACUUCUAUAAUGGAAAGGCUGUCUACUAAAAAUUCGAACUUAUCAUCUUCGUCUCAAUUUAUUGUUAUAUGUCAAUAUAUAAGAUAUUUAGUUCAAGAAGGGAUUUGCUUACUUGGUAAUUUAGUGCAUAAACCACUUCCUAAAUCGAAUUACGAAUUAAAUUCAAUACAAAAGAAUUAUCAAGAUUUAUUAAAAACACUUGUAUCACAUAAAUUGAUGGAUUUCUUACCAGAAUCUUGCAGAAAAUAUAUCCAAUCUAUUUUCCAAGCAGUAAAUUUUGGAAGUUCGUCGGAAACGGAAGUAAAAUCCGACCCUAUUUGUGCCUUUAUUCCUGACCUUCUUUCUGACCUACCUAGUCUAGAUAUUGAUCUUGAUUCGAACUUAUAUCAAAUUGAUCCGGAUGGCUUAAAUUCUCUGGGACUUGGAUUCUGGGCAGACUAUGAGGUAUAUCAAAAUACUACAUCGUUCAGACAACAGAUAUCCAGAGGCGGAUCCCCAUUUGGGAUUGUUGGUGAUGUGGAUAUGCGCAGCUUAGCUAAUCAGAAUCAGUCUCCAUCAACAUCAUUUCCUCAUAUGUCUAUUCCACAAUCCCGUGUAACUGGUGGACAUGGACCUUUUGUUCAUCAAUCACUUCAAACUUAUACUAGAGAAAACCCACUUGUAUGCGAUCUUCAAGUAAUGCGUCAUCUUUUAAUAACAAGAAAUCCAACCGAUGUAAAUAUGUCAGUCGAUUAUCUGUUAAGGUCAGGUAUGACACCAAAUGGAAUUUUAGAAUUAAAUGGUUCGUGGCUCCCAUCUUUACAUUAUUUAGCUUCACUGGAGAUAGUCGGACCACAUCCUACCAAUGAGAAUAGUUCAACCAAUCCAAUCGAUUUAUUGUUAUCAUCAUCCGGAAAUAUUAUGUGGGGGAUUACAGUAUUAAUACAAUUGGCUAAAGGUUCAUCCAUAAUUCGUCAUGAAAUGUCACCAUUCACAGGAGCUAGGGCUUUUUUACUUGCUGCUUUAAAUAAUCUGGCGUCAAUUAAUCCUAUCGUACCGCCUCCAUCGUCAUCAUCUGUUAAUCAUGUUACAACAACAUCCGGUCAUGUAGUUGCAAAACAAUCACGUCCGUGCGAUGCUUUUCAAUGGAUUCGUGCUGGUAUCAGACAUGAAUUAUUAUUGGUUGACUUACUGGAAUUCUUGAAUCCAUCUUCAUUUAAUAAUUUCGGUGGAAAUAAUAAUCAGUCACAUUCAAUUACAAAAUCAACUCUUCAUCCUGGACAAGUAUCAUUAAAUGAUCUAAUUAGACGAGUUAAAAUAUGUCUGUGUUAUGCUGCUGGUUUAUCAUCAAAUGCGAAUUCUUUAGAAACAAAAAUGGAAUCCAUGAACUUGAUUGCUUUGUCUAAGGAGUUAAUUACUGCAGCCACUUGUUUCUUGUUAAUGGUCAAAGAAUGUGAUUUCUUGUAUCCCAUGUCAAUUCCAUCAAAAUCUAUUUCACUACCUUCCGGAAGCAUUUCAUUUUGUGUCGCAUGUGCUGGUUCCUUAGAUUUAAUUCGUAUUCUUUUACAUUUUCAUGAAGUAUUACAUUCAUCAUCAUUGUCUCAUGAAAGUUCCAAUUCAACCACCACCACAUCAUCAUCAACAACAACAACAAACUCUCCUGUAAAUUCAGAAAAACAAAAUUCUAACCAUUCAAUCAAAAACAUUUUAAGCGCUACCGUUAAAUUUGGUAAUGCAGAUAGACUAAAAACUGUUAUAAAUGAAUUUUAUGGAUUAAUUAUUCAUGGAUGCCUUGUCUCUGCAAAUAAUUCUAUAGAUACAGUAAAUAAUUUAGCAUUAUCUGGAUCGGAACAAUCCGCACUACAACAACAACACCAACGUAGUUCUCGAAAUUACGAUCCAGAUACAUUAUCUAAUCGUUCUGGGAUCAGUUUGUCUAGUUUAUACAUUAUAGGUGAAAUGUUAGCAACAAUAGAUGAAAUUUCAAUUUUAAUGUCUACUGUUGGACUUAAAUUUCCUCUAGAUAAUAAACGUAUACUUUCUAAUUAUUCAUUUAUUGGAUUGCAAUUAUUAGAUUAUUUAAUAAUUGGGUUCGCUCAAAUUACACAUCAAAUUUGUGGAAAAUUUAACUUACAAAUAUUAGAACAAAUAAUUAAUUGUUUUAAUACAGUUAAUAAUGUAGAAAAUAUAAAAAAUGAUGAACAAGUGAAUGAAGAUACAUUAACUACAACAAAAGGGACAACUACUACCAUCACCACCAGUGUUACUAAUACUGAUUCACAGUCUACUACUAAAUUUCGAUCUUCUAGAUGGGAUAAACCAAAAGAUAAUUUAUCCACUACUAAAAAACAUAAUAAUAGUAAUAAACAAUAUCAUUCUGACAGUCAUGAAUGUGUGUCGUUUCUAGAUAAACAACUGUGGAUUUUAGACUUGGAAACGAAUUCUUCAAUCUGUGGGGAAUCGUUAUGUGAUCACCUGAAUUAUUUCUUAAAUUGGGGUUUAACUGCUCGACCUGAAAGAAUAGAUUGGCUUAUAUUACGUGGUGAAAUAGAAUUUUUCGUGAAAAAUUACCGUCAAGCUUUGUCAACAUAUCUCGAAUUUGGUAGCGUUGUCACGGACGCAUUCUCAAAGAAUGUUUUAUCAGUCUUUUUUACAAAAGAGUUGGUGUUUCGUAUGAUGUGUUGUCUUCAAUAUCUCGGAUUAUUUUAUGAAAGUGUUGUUCUUUCACAAUUCGGACCAUCCUCUGAUGAAUCUCUUGUGGAUAAUGUCAUUCAAAUUAUUAAUAGUCUAGGUGAAAAUUCUAAUGGUUGGCCAAUAACUCAAACAGAUACUUUUAGUACUACAGUAAUAAAUCAACAACCAUGUUCUUUUGAUAACAGUACUUCUGCGGAUUGUUUACGUGGAUCUUGUGGAGGUUCACUUCUUCAUACUACAUUAGAUUGUCCCGAUAGUUUAGUUCCUUAUUUAUGGAAUAUUCGUUUACUAUCAGCACUCGAACGUUCUGCUUCAAAUCGUGGUGCCCUUUUACUGUCUACCAAAUUUAAAGCUCGAAUCAAUAAUCCUGAACUCAAUGCUAACAAUCCAGAUGAAAUAUUAUUGGAAAAUAGAUGUGCUUUAAAUCUUGAAUAUCUUCGUUAUUUGUCCAACGUUUAUUUGAUUUAAUCAUACCACUUAUGUCUGCCAAUAGCAGUUGUCAAUACUUUUGUACAAUUCUUUAUAUUUUAAUACUGUAAUACAGUUCUAUAAAUAUGUCGACUACAUUAGUAAUCUGAAUAGUACAGGCGAUAUAUCUCCUUCUUGUGGGAUGAUCGUUAGUCUAUCGAACAUUAAAGGAGGAAUUUUUUAUAAGUAUUGUUGCAUUCGAAUUCCCUAUGAUCCCGGAAUAUUCUGCAUAACUUCUAGGCUUAUCUGUCGCUCACUAACAGAACACCAGUAAAUCAAAAGAUAACAACUUUGUUAAAAAAAGACGAUAUUAUAUGGGUUUGAAUAU